AAAAGUUUUUCGCUUGAAAGAUCAAUAAAAAAUUCAUGAAUAAAUUAUAUCAUGCUCUAAAUCAAUGUUUUACAAUAUACAUCACCUUUCCCAUUUCCUCAUUAUUAAUUGUAAUAGUGAAAAAAUACUAACAAUUGUAAUUAUAGUAAUAAAAAGAAGGAACUAGUUAAAAUUCAGUACUCCAUAAGAGGACACUGGAAGGGAAGUAAAUCCAUUAGUGGUGAGAGUAUUAGAGCCCAUCUCCAUCCCUCUACCUGCUAUAGGAAGGCACUCUAGUUAAUUCUAUACUCAGUGGUUAUAAGCCAAGAACAAAAGAAAUUUUAUAUUACAUCUACCUAUUUCCCUCUCAGGUCCUGCAGGAAGGUAUAAAAUAAAUAACUUUAAUUCAUAAAAUAAAAUUUAUUCAAACCAUUUUAAUUUCUUACUUUCCUUUAUAAAAAAACUAGUAGUAUAUCAAUAUAUAUACUAAGAUAUUUAUAUAUAUACAUUUGUAAGAUAUUUAUAAAUAAAUGAAAUCAUUAUCAAAAGUUACUUACAUGUUAAGUUUAGAAAACAAUUAUCCACAAUCUAGAUAAGUAAAUGUUUGUUUUUAAAGAUUUAGUUGUAUCAUUUAUUUAAGAAAAAUAAUAUAUAUAUAUAUAUAUAUAUAUGUAUAUAUUUUUUUUUUUUCUGUUGGCGCUACAGACCAUGAAGAUCUUUGGCCAUGAGUGUGGCCUCCUAAACCACAUCCUGGUUCCCGAUUUAAAGUACCGGGUAGGAUCAUCAAUCCUACGCCGGGUUGGUGUGAGUUGCCUCCAGUAGAGUGACGGGCCUCACAUACCAGAGGUGGGGCGGAGCAAUCUCGGGCAGCGUACCUUUCCUUGGUGGACGGUCACCCGCCCAGGUGCUAUUGUGUAUAUAUAUUUAUACAUAUAUAUAUAAUUUUAGAAACUGUUGGUUUUUACAUAUAUCAUCGGUCUCAAAGUGAAGUAGUGACUACAACAAAACUUCUUGAUUUAGGAUUAUUUUAUAUAAAUUGCAAGAACAUAAAAUGCAUUAACUGUUUUAUGGCAUGCUAGUGCUUACUAUUAAAAUAAAAUAAAGGAUAUGAUAAAAUUAAUUUUUUUCAUCUUUAUCAAAAGUUCUAACUUGACAGUUACACAGUAUGUAAAAAUUAACUUAAAGUGUACAACAAUUCCAAAGAUAAAAAAAUAUGUAGCUCAUUAGUACUUUCAAGACAAAAUUUUCCAGAACAGGUAAGUUUAAAAAUGAUGAUUAAAUAUCAAUAAUAAAGAUAUGUAUAUAAAUAAUAAAUAGAAAUAUACAUUAAUAAGGGUAAUGAAACAAUUACUUGUGUUAUUUUUGUUUUAAAAUAUUUCAUAUCUGAUCAAUUCAAUUUUUUAUUUUAGGAAACUAAGUUAUUAAUAAACCUACCAAUUAUGCUGUUAAUGUACAAAUUUCUCCUUUCUUCCGAUUUUUUAAGUGAGCAAUAAGUAUAGUAGCAAAAUCCUUUCUUCCUAAUAAGUUAUAACUAGUGGAAAGUAUUUGUAAAACUGCUUUGUGAAAAACUUCAUGACCAAAACAAAACAUAUCUAAACCUAAUUCAAGACCAGUUCCGAAAUCACAUUCAUCAUUAGCAAUGUUUGCAUAAGUUAAUACUGGUUGUAACUUUCCCCAAAGUAGUUUUCUUUCUUCUUCUGUUUCAGCUUCGACUAAACUUUUAAACAUUUUUUUAAGGGUAACAUCAUUUUCUUUAAGUUCUCGGUAGCCGACCUCUGUUUUCUUGUCAUAUGGAACUACCAUGCCUGCGCCAUGAAAUGUUUUAGCUACAACUUUGCUUCUCCUACCUCUCAUUUUCUUGGAGAGUGAAUCUAAACUAAAUCCAUUUUUACUCGACCAAAUAUGAAGAGCCUCUUGAAUUUUUUGGAUUUUCAUCUUUUUAAAAGGAUCAACUUUUUUCUUUCUUUUUUCUAAAUGAAUAUCCACAGCUGAAAAUAAGUUUUCAGAAAUAAUAUUCAAUGUGCAAUCAACGUUGGCUUCAUUACUUGCAACAAAUACUGGUUCUUCCUUGGGAUCAUCUCUAAAGUAACCAUAAUGUAACAAAUUUUUGUCAUCACAUUUCAGAACUGUUUGAAAUUCGGGUGGAUCAUAAAAGUAACGAUAAUGCUGUAAUGCAGCAGUUUGAUCGAUCUUAAGAAAAUCUUGAGUAAUUAAGUCAAAUGGACCAACUAAACUGAGCCCUGCAGCAAUUAAAGCUUGUUUAGGGUUUUCUUUGUCAAGAGAUUCACAAAAAUCAAAGAAGCUGAAAAAAUCAUUGGGCAUUUUAACCAAAAACACAGUUUCUAUUUUAUCCUUGAUAUCCUCUAUAGUACUAAUGUCAAUAAAGGCCGAACUAUCAUCUUGGGCAGAUCCAUUUAAACUAUCUUGAGGAAUAUCUGUAAUUAUAACAUUUUCACAGUCUUCAGUAACUUUCUCACUAAAACAUGUUUCUGUUUUAAUUUUCUUUCCUACAUUUUCAACUAUAUCUUCAGUUUUCCUUUUUGGAUGUUUGAAUCUCCUGUGAUGCUGUGGAUUUUUUUGAUAACAACUAUCUCCGUAUUUACAUAACUUCCUUUCAUCUUCAUCUCCACUAGACAUUUUUUCUAAAUUUAUAAAGCACUAAAAAAUAUAAAUAAAUCUCAUGAUCUAAUGAUUGACAAGUGUAACCUUCCUACCACACACUUUUGGAGGGAUAAGAGCCAAUGGUUAUCUAUUAUUUGAAAAUCUAUUUUGAUCUAUUAUUUGUUGUCAAUAUGAAUAAUUAUCUCAAGGAAAUUUCAAUUAAUUCAAUGAAUUCAUUUUAAAAUAGUACAUGUAUUAAAUUCCAGAUUGACGAUUAUAGAUUUCACAUUUUUGACUAAUCAUGAAUGCAUACUGUUUAGAUCCAAUAAAUCCAAGGGAAAUUCCUUAUUUAUAUGAAGUGUCAAACUCUCUAAAAAUUGUUAAAAGCUGAUUUUUUAAAAUCAAUACAGAUAGAAUUAUUUGCUAAGAGUUUGUAAAUAUUGUCAAUUAGUGAGAACAAUGUAUAAAUGAAAUCUAAUUUAUUUAUCCCUUGAUAUUUCAGUUUUCUCAAUUUUUAGAAUGGAGGUAUUGCCAACAGAAUUGUUGGAGAGUAUAUUUGUAUAUUUAGAUGGAUAUGAUUUGAACCGUUGUACAUUAGUGUGCAAAAGAUGGUACACUGUAAUUGCUAAUGAUCGUCUUUGGAAAAGUGUUUGUUUAAGGAAUGAUAUCAAGAAAGAGCAUGACCCAGUUUUAUCUGAAGAUAGUGCUGAAGAAUCUCUAAAAUGGAAGAAAUUUUAUCAACUAUACAUACAGAGAUGUAACAAUUGGAAGAAAGAAAGGUUUACAAAACACAAGAAAGGAGGUGAAUCCUGGUUCUUUCAAGGUUGGGCUAGCUAUCAGGGAAUAUGCCUCUUGCCGACUUAUACUGAAAACACAGUUGAUGUGUUUAGAGUGACACGUAAGUCAUUCGAUUUAGACCAAAGGAUUCACUUGCCCAUACCAGGUCUUGAACCGACAUUCCUCCUCACCAAUAUUGAAACAAUAUCUGCCGCCAAGAGCAAUAUCACUAUCCUAUAUAAAAGGGUCGAUAAUAUUUAUAAAUUGGACCAGGUCUUCGCUUGCAAGAAUGGUACUGUUGUACGGUUCACUGGUGACUCAGAAGAUCAUAAUGAUCUGCUGUCAUUCAUUUCCACAAUAUACAGACGGUGUGGUAUGGUGAGGGUCAUUGAAUUUAAGCAGAAUAUCCUUUGGAUCUGUGAUUACAAUAGUGGUCGCCUUUUUGUGAUCAAUGGAAAGGAUGAUAAAUGGUUUGCUAUUGAUUCAGUAACAUUUUUCAAAACAGGGUAUGAUUAUGUCUGCUUCUGGACCAACAAAAGUCUUUCAAUUUGCAACCUCUAUGGUGAUAUAAUAUUUACUUUGAGUGAUACAGGGAUAGAUUUGAUGUCAUUCAAUGAUAACUAUCUUGCUAUCAAGUUCAAUGAGAGGAACCAUGUUGAAACAUGGAAUGUGAAGACUAAAGAAAGCCUUACCACAAUUGAGGUGGCAUUGGAUACAUCACUCGUAGUUCAUAAGAAAUUUCUGGUCCUGCUACAGCUCCAGCAUUUCUCCUUGAGUUGUCAUAAUAUUCAAAGCGGUGAAAUUUGCUGGAAAGUAUCGUAUAGAUUGCCUGGACCGCCAAGGGCUCCUCUCUUCCCUUGCCAGCUUUCAGUUAUUCUCAAUAAGUUCCUUCUUAUCUUUCCUUCUCAUAGGUAUGGCCAACAAGCAGCUAAGUUCUCUGUCGUCAAUAUAAAAUCAGGAGAAAUCUAUUACACUAGUAAAUUUUCAGGGAUAGUAGUAGAGGUAUCAGAUCGUCUUCUUGUUACAUUGUCAUCAGGAAAGGACAGUUAUGAAUGUGGUAAUCAUAUGUUUAUUAGGAGUUAUAUUUAAAAGAAACAUAUUUAAGUAUUACUAAGUUUAUUAAUAUCUAUUAGUGAAAUUCAAACUAUUUGAAUUAAGUGUGUAGUAAAAUUUUAUAAUUUACGUUAUAAAUCUGUCCUCCAAUUUUAUUUAAGUUUAGGUCUUAUGACACUUUGUACCUAUUAUACAUUGUAAACAAUUAUCAUAUACAUUUUCUAAAUGUAUAUUUAUUGUUAAAAUGUCAUAAAUGUUGAUCUCAAUAUUCUAUUUGAUAGGGUGAAUGACGAACUUCUUAAAAUAGAACUAUUUUAUAUUCUGAGAUUAUUGUGCUCCAGUACAAUGUAUUUAUUUAAUAUUUUCAGUAAUUGACAGUUUAAUAAAAAUAAACUAUGCUUGAUCUUUGUCUGUUUUUUUUAUGUAAAUUAUUUUGUUCAAUUAAGUCUUUUUUUGGUAAAGAUAUUUUUUUUUCCCUUUAUUUUGUUUGGAAAAUUAUAUUAAUUUUUUUUAGGGUAUUUUUGUUUUCAGAUUCCAAUCCUCCAAUCUUUGUGUUGUCAAUGUUUUCAAUCUUUGUGUUGUCAAUGUUAUCAUUCAGGUUCCUUACCCAUCUUAAGAACAAAACUUUUAUCCAUUCCUUCUGAUGUUUUCCACUCUGUCAUGUUAAUACUCAUAACUUCUAUUUUAAAUUAAAUUUAAUCUAAUUAAAAUAUUUGUUUCAUAGAAUCUUCUAUCAAGAGAGACAUACUGAACUCAAAAAUUAAAGAAAUUUUUUAACAAAAAUAUCCAAAAUAAAUUUUCUGAUAAGAGCCAUUCUAUUGUAAUUUUAUAUGUCACGUUUUGUUAAUUCAUUUCUGUUGGAAUUAUAUAUGUUUUUAUUUAUUAAUUUUCUUGCUUUUUGCAUUUAAAACAUUCUAUGAGACUACUCUCAUUCUAUGUUAAGCUGUUUGUGACCCUAUUUGCCAGUCAGCUAUCCAUGUGUAUGCUCUAAAUGAUGCUUCUUUUCAUUUCUGUGUUGUUUUGUCAUUUAAUUGUCUAUUCUAAAGUGUUGUUAUAAUUGAUGAUACAGGACACUAAAUUAAGCAGCCACCAAGAUCCCCAUCCCUAUAACACAAAGUGUUAACCCUGUCUUCUGUCCUUGUGUGAUGCUAUGGCUCACUAUCACUGUUUACUACAUUUUACAUAUGCAUACUCACAGAAAACUAUAUUAACAGUCAUUCUGUUGCCAAAAAGAACUUAGCUGAAUUAGUUGUUGAUACUGCUCAUUACAGCUUAGUAAACUUAUGUAUACAAAUCAAAACAUUUGAUAAAUCCUUUCAGUUUUGCUUUAAUAAUGAUAUAGUUUUGUGACAUAAGUUUGUUACUACUUAUGUUGCACUAUUACUUUUAGAAAUUUGAUUCUGACUUGAUAACUUACUUUAAAGGUUCUAAAUAGUGAAAAUUAAUUCAGGGUGGGGGCCGACCUAGAAAAAUUGGAAAAGUCAGGGAAUUUUUAAAAUAGAGAAAAUUCAGGGAAUUUUUUUUAACACGUCUAUUUUUUUUAAAUUUAAUUGGAAAUAAAUAUACAGUGAAUAUCGAUUAUGGGGCAAACUUCAUUAUAUAUAAACGACCACAAUCGCUAUAUUCAUCCACCUUUGACUGUCAAUAACGGCACUGAUCGUUAUAUUGAUAUCAAACAAGGAUAAUGAAUGAAAUUCAAACAAAAUUUUCUUAAAAUAUUAAGAUGAAAUGUUCUUAAAACAGUAUUUUUUUUUAAAUAAAAACAUACCAAUACUAUUUAAUAUUUGUAAUAUAUUUACCUGGGUCAAGAUCUGGCUGGCAAGCACUCGUUCGUUCGACCCAUGGUGCUCCUUAGAAGAGCAUUUUUUAAUCAGAAAUUGCAUAGUUGGUGUAAUAUGGAUAAUUAUUAUGCUGCUUUUAGUAAUGAAGAAACUAAGUUACUAAUGAGAAACUACAUUAAUAUUAGAAUCCCCCAUAGCUCACUCUAUUUUAUAAUUGAUAAAAUUAGAGCUUUAUAUGUCAAACAUCAACUUAUACCUCCUCUCAGUUUAUGAAUAUAAAAUAAAGUGAUAAAAAUAAAUUACUAAAUGUUUAGUUUUCUAAAGUUAAAAGUCCUAAUCAAUCGUAAAAAAUAAUUCCUAUGAAACAUUAUGUUUGUUUUUAUAAACCUUAUUUUUUGGUUUUUACUUCAUUUUAUAGUCAAUUUCCUUUCAUGUAUAAUAAAUAAAUUUAGUUAUAAAUUAUACAUUUUUAAUAUUUAUUUCUCCAGACAUAUUGGUGAGGGAAAAUUAUCAUUAAAUAGGGACAUAUCUGGGAAAAGUCAGGGAAUUUUACUUCAACUGUUUGGUAACCACCCUGUGAUUUUAAUAACACAUAAGAAAUGGAAUAUAUUAUUUUUAUCCCUCGUUUCCCAUCCACUUUUUACCAAAUUGUAAAUAUAAAUCUGGCAUUAUUUAAUUAAAAAAAUUAUUAUGUUUUUAUCAUAACCUUUCCUCUUAAUUACAUUAUUUAACCUUUGGUAUCAAUUCGAAUCCACUACUUGUUACUCCAGACAUUUUAUUCCAUUACAG